CACACGCACACAGACGCGCACUCAACUUCCACAGUUUCUUUAUUUUCUGCAGCAGGAAAAUUGGAAGCCAAAUCGACGACGAAAUUCGCAGUGAACGCGCCGCGGCUACGCGACCGUAACGUAAUCUCGUUGGUGAUCCGGAGGCGAAGAGCCCCCCGAGCGAUGCCAGCAACUGGCCAGCAACCAGCCGUCCAAUAACCGAAUUCCCCCUCGUUCGAUUUUCAAGUCGGAGUUGCGGAAUCGCCGCGACCAAUCACCGCCAGUCAUCGUACGUGGCGCUAUUCUCGAAGUCUCUGGAGGAUCUGGAGUUCUGGAGGCGCCUUUAGCCAUGACGGAUGCCGCCGAGAAGGGCCUGCCGGAGAUGAAGGGCUGGCUGCUCAAGUGGACCAACUACAUCAAGGGCUACCAGCGCAGGUGGUUCGUUUUGUCCAAGGGCGUGCUGAGCUACUACCGCAACCAGACGGAGAUUAACCACACGUGCAGGGGCACCAUUUCGCUGCAUGGAGCCCUCAUCCACACGGUGGACUCGUGCACGUUCGUCAUCUCGAACGGCGGCACCCAGACGUUCCACAUCAAGGCGGGCACCGAGGUGGAGCGGCAGUCCUGGGUCACCGCCUUGGAGCUAGCCAAAGCCAAGGCCAUCAGGGCCAUCGAGAGCGAGGAGGAGGAGGAAACGGAGACGGCGCAUGUGGUGCCCAGCCAGGAGAUCAGCUCGGUGGUCAGGGAUCUCACCGAUCGGCUGGAGAACAUGCGCACCUGCUACGAUCUGAUCACCAAACAUGGAGCUGCUUUACAGCGCGCACUCAACGAUCUGGAGACGAACGAGGAGGAGUCGCUGGCCAGCAGGACAAAGAUCGUCAACGAGCGGGCCACCCUCUUCCGGAUCACCUCGAAUGCCAUGAUCAAUGCGGGCAACGAUUACCUGCACUCGGCGGAGGCCCAGGGCCACAAGUGGUCCAAGAUGCUGCACCACGAGCGCGAGCAGCGCCAGCGGCUGGAGGACAUGGUGGAGCAGAUGGCCAAGCAGCAGUCGCAGAUGGAGCAGGCGGCGGUGAUGGUGCGCCAGAACAAGGCGGUGGCUUCAGGAUCGGGAGGAGGCACUGUUCCCGGUUCCCUGGUGACUUCCGAUGAGGAAAUGGAGUUCUUCGAUGCCGAAGAGCACGGCUAUUCGGGAGCAGAGUCGCCGGAUCGCGAGCGCGGCACCUUUAUCCUCAAAAUGAACAAGCGGCGCAGCAGCAGCGAGGAUCAGGUGGAGGGCCAGCUGGAGGGCAGCUCCUCGGAGAGCGACGAGCAGAAGCGCACCGUGCAGACAGUGCAGCAGGUGUGCCUGGUCAGUGCACCCCGAGUGGCCUCCGGUGGCCAGGGAGACGACGAUGACGAGGUGGACAAGGCUGUGCCUGCGAAGGCGAGCACCGACUCCAUCUACGGACGCAACUGGAACCCGGAGCUGAUGAAGAAGCGGCGCGAGCGGGUGCCGGACAAGCCGAACCACCCCGUCAGCCUGUGGGGCAUCAUGAAGAACUGCAUCGGCAAGGAUCUGUCCAAGAUACCCAUGCCCAUCAACUUCAACGAGCCGCUGUCGAUGCUGCAGCGCCUGGUGGAGGACUACGAGUACUCGGAGAUCCUCGACUAUGCGUCGACGUGCCAGGACGAGUGCGAGCAGCUGGCCUACCUGGCCGCCUUCACCGUCUCCGCCUACGCGACGACCACGAACCGCACCGGCAAGCCCUUCAAUCCGCUGCUCGGCGAGACCUUCGAGUGCGACCGCAUGGACGACUACGGCUGGCGGUGCCUCGCCGAGCAGGUCUCCCACCAUCCGCCCAUCGCUGCGCUCCACUGCGAGAGCAAGAACUGGACCUGCUGGCAGGAGUUCUCCAUGACCAGCAAGUUCCGCGGCAAGUACGUGCAAAUUAAUCCAUUAGGCGGCGUCUAUGUGCAAUUCGUGGACAGCGGGCGGCGUUACAGCUGGCGCAAGGUGACCACCACGGUGAACAACAUCAUUGUGGGCCGCCUGUGGGUGGACCAGCAUGGCGAGAUGGAGAUCCGCGGCUCGCAGGCGGCCGAGGGGACUAAGUGCAUCCUGAACUUCAUCCCCUACUCGUACUUCAGCCGCGAAGUGCAAAGGAGUGUGAAGGGCGUGGUGAUGAACAAGGACAACGAGGUCAAGUGGGUGGUGCGCGGCACCUGGGAUCUCAAGAUCGAGAUCGCACCUGUGCUGAAGACCACGGGAACGCCCAGUAAUCCAACCUACACCACGGGCGAGUUUAAGCUGGCCUGGCGGAGACGUCCCGCUCCGCCGGAGUCGGAGAAGUUCUACAACUUCACCACUUUAGCCUGCCAGCUGAACGAAGAGGAGGAGGGCGUGGCGCCCACAGAUUCGCGCCUGCGUCCCGACCAGCGGCUCAUGGAGCAGGGCGCCUGGGAUGAGUCGAACAAGGAGAAGCUGCGGCUGGAGGACAAGCAGCGCACAGAGCGCCGAAGGCGCGAGGCCGAGGCGGAGGAGGCGGCGGCGGAGGGCAGGCCGUAUCCGGCCUACGAGCCCAUGUGGUUCAAGCGCGAGAAGGAGGAGGGCAGCGAGGAGUAUGUGCACGUGUUCAAGAACACCUACUGGGAGGCCAAGGCGGCGCAGAACUUCGAGGGCUGUCCGGAGAUCUACUAGAA